AUGGCGGAUAUUUGGCGCAUAGACUGUGUUUUGUGCCUCUUAAUGUCAGCGAGUGUCGUGGUGACUGCGCAAGAAAGUUCGGUUCGUUACACCAUAGUGGAAGAACAAGACCAGCAAACCUACAUUGGAAACGUGGCACGAGACAGCUUUCUCUACGGUAAUGUCAGUGUUGAUGUAUUUCAGCGAAUGAAAUUUCAGAUUUUCUCUCAGGGAAAUGAGUAUGCAGCCAUGUUUAACAUCGAUGAGAAUGCAAGUACCCUCAAGACCUCUGUCAGACUAGAUCGGGAAACCUUGUGUCCAAGUCCGAACACCAAACUCUGUCUUCUGCAGUUCAACGUUGCAGUUUAUUUAAAGGGUGUGGCUUCAGAUGUUUUGGAUUUGUUUAAAAUUAUCACAGUUGAGAUAACCAUUACGGACUUGAACGAUAAUUCUCCGAUUUUCAAAACCCGAAGUGUGAUGAUUGAGAUUACAGAAAACUCCCCUGUUGGUACAGAGUACUUUACUGAAGGAGCUGUUGAUUUAGAUACAGGAGCAAAUAACUCUGUCCAAAGCUAUGUGAUGGAACCGCCCAAUGAAAUGUUUGGAUUAAAAGUUCUUGAAAAUGGCGAUGGAUUAAACAUAUUUGUGAAAUAUCCUCUGGACAGAGAGAGCAAGAGCUUUUAUCAGCUUGUUAUUUCGGCAAUCGAUGGUGGGGUACCAGCUAGGACAGGUACUGUGAAAAUCAACAUCACAAUAACUGAUGAAAAUGACAAUGCACCAGUGUUUUCGAAACUUGCAUACAAUGUGACUGUCAAAGAAAAUCUGCCCAUAAACUCAACCAUUGUUCAGGUAACUGCUACUGAUGCUGAUGCUGGAAAUAAUGGCCUUGUGUCUUACAGAUUCAGUACUCGCACACCCAGUAAGGUCACUGAUGUUUUCGCGAUUGACAAUCAAACAGGCCUGAUUAUUUGUAAAUCGUUGCUCAAUUUCGAGGACGACCAACAAUGGGCGUUCAAAGUGGACGCGUUUGAUCAGGGGAGCUCACCGAAGACAACAACGGUCAACGUUGUAGUGAAUAUUUUGGAUUUGAACGACAAUUAUCCGCAGAUCAACAUCAAUCUCCCUCUUGGUGGUACGAAAAUCUCAGAAGCAGCAGAUCCUGGUAGUUUCGUUGCCCAUGUGGCGGUUUUUGAUUUGGACAAGCAAGGAAUGGAGAAAAUUACAUGCAAAGUUCUGGGUGAUGAUUUUCGUCUUGAGGAUUUUAAAAUAGCGAACAAUUACAAGGUGAUAGUCAACAAGCCCCUUGAUUAUGAAGUAAAGAACUCUUAUGAUGUCACCAUAGAAUGCACAGAUGACGGUACACCCCCAAAUACCAACCAUACCAGCUUUGUUGUCCAGAUUGAGGAUGUAAAUGACAAUUACCCAGACUUCAAACUGAAGAGAUACGAGCUUACAUUUCAGGAGGAAAUAUUUCAGUCCAUGAUCGUUAAAGCAGAUGCCACUGACAAAGAUUCUGGAAGCAAUGGAAAAAUCACCUACGGUCUAGAGCCAGGUUCGGACAAAAGGUUCAUGGUUAACCCACAAACAGGACUGAUUACAGCUAACACUGUUUUUGAUCGUGAAACUGACCCAAAAAUCAUCUUGCAUGUUCUUGCCUGGGAUGGUGGUGAUCCUUCGUUGACAUCCACAGCAACAGUGGUCAUUAAUAUCACAGAUAUCAAUGACAACUCACCUCGGUUUCCCUCCAAUCCACUCACGAUUCAGCUGCUUGAAGGCGAGGCUUAUCAGUCUGUGAACCUCAACGUGACUGAUCCAGAUGCCGGUUUUAAUGGCCAGUUUGUCUUGACAUUCCCGAAGAAUGACUACCUUGGUGAAUAUUUCGAAUUCAACUCUGUUACUGGGGAAAUCAAAACACUCAAGUCCAUUGAUAGGGAGCAGAUACCCUAUUUCAAAUUCUGGGUCAGCGCGGUUGAUAAAGGCAUCCCACAGAAGUCCAGUUCAGCAGAGGUGAUACUUUACAUUGUGGAUAAGAACGAUAACAUUCCUGCCAUCUCUUAUCCGAACAAUGCAAACAAUACAAAGGUGAUACCAGUCUCAGCACCAGCAGGGUUCCUUAUAGCAACUGUUCUGGCGACAGAUAAAGAUGACGGGCUCAAUGCUCAAUUGCUUUACUUCAUAGAUAUGGGGGACAAACGUGAGCUAUUUAAGAUGGAUGUGAACACUGGCCAGGUUUCAGUGGGUAGGGCGAUGACUGAACUAGAUGCAGAAUCAUACAAACUGGAGAUUGCUGUUAGAGACAAUGGUGAGCCUCAGAGAACAGCCAUGGCUACUCUGAACAUCAUCGUUGAGCCAGCAAACAUGACCAUGUCUCCCCUUGUGGAGGAGGAAAACAAACAAAACAUCAUGCUGGUUGCUGUCAUAGUGGGAAUAACUCUUGUCGUGUCCAUCGCCAUAAUAGCUUCUAUCUUCAUUAUCCGCUAUGUUGACAAAAGGAACUGCUCACGAACACCACCGCCGGUAAAACUCGAGGAGAACCGCUUUUAUGACAUGGCAAUGAAAGUGGACGAAAGUAUGUCUGGGUCCUCAAAUGUGUCGAAGGACUCUGACAUGGAACUUCUGAGGAAACAGCGUGCAAAGAAGGAAGUGAGUUUCUCAAUGGACGAGGACUUUAGUGACCCCAGCAACAACUCUACACUGACCAACGUGACCAACAUGUCAACAAUGAAACCACCCUAUCUGUCCAUGAUCCACAAAAUACCAGAGGACUCUCAGUCCUCAACAUGGUUAGGAAAUAACACGAUGUUUUCGGACAUGAACAAGACCGACAUGUACACAGAGAAGGAGUUAUCUGCCUUGACACACAGCCAGUUACAGGGGGCGCUGCGACAGAUGGUGGGCAGUAACUCUGACAGGCAUUGGUUGCAGCCAGUCAGGGAAGAACAGGCAAAGCGAUCAGUUCGAAAGUCAGACGACACUCACAGCCAAACGUCACAUGACACCACGACUAGCGACAGUGGGCGCGGUGGGAGUGAAGAGGAUAUCCAUAGCAGCCGGGGUCAGGCUAUUAGUGACUCAGAAGAAAGCAGACAGUACAUAUACCGAUGCAGUAAUCGCCAGACAGACAAAAUGAUGCCAAGACGCCCCCCGCCACCCAUACCGACGGAAACUUACCCGCGCAAUAUCAGUUUCAGCGACGAUUCUGUCACUGCCAACACUACAGUGGCCAGCGUGAAAGGGCCGUUAUUCAGUCCGACAUUGACUUUCUACAAAACCCCUCUCAAGCAGCACGAGUUAUUCACAAUCAGUGGACGGACUAAACACAGUACCUUUCUCGAGUCACAAAUCACGACUCCGGGUCUGCCGUACUCGAUAGCCGACAUAGAAGAUAUGAGUGAGAUGGCCACGUGUAGAGACGAUGCUAGCACCACAACAUCUGGCAGCUACACUAUAAACCCCGAGGAUCUGUGCAAUGAGAUUGAUGAACUCUUCUUCAAGGAUGUGAUUGUGUGAUUUGAUCACGUCAAUGUGAUUGAUCACGUGAUUGCAUGAAAAUAGUCGUAGACAUACCAACACCUUAUGUCAGACAUUGCCAUGUGAUUGGUUCAGGCUAUUUUAUCAUGUCAUUGAUUGCGCAAAUCACCAUACAUAUGACACUUGUUAAGAAGUGUGAGAAAAUAACCAUGUGCCAAGAUUUGUUCAUAAUUAAUCAUGCUUGUAUAUAUUUAUGUUCAAAUUUCGUACAGUAUAUUUGGUGCUAUCUUAUUGGUCAGUAAGCGUCACAUUUGUUUGCAGACAGAAACAGAACAGGAAUAUGAGAACAAUUUCAAAAUAUUUUUGCAACGCAUUGGCUUGAUUAUUUGAAAUGAUAAUUUAUAUUAAAAAUAAUUUAAACUAUUUAUUUAACCAAAUAAUUUAAAGCUAUAUAUUUUGGUAAUUGAUAAUGAUUAACUGCAUGAAAUUGUAUUAUUUUGAGGAAAAAUAUCUGUUUUAAAUAAUUUUAUAACAAUUCACAGAAGUCGUUUUGAAACAAUUCAAAUUCAUGUGACAAAAUAAUAAUUUUAAGUAUUUCUUGUAUUUUUUAUCUCUUUCUUUGAUGUAAUUAUCUGGAAUUUGUAUUUGAAUGAUUGUUUGCUUAAUGUCUUAUUUUGAAAAAAAGCAAGUCGCACGAAAUCUAUAUGAAACCUUCAUUAUAAAUUAAAUUGUAUUACAAUAAUAGAAUAAUUGAAUCAUAUGUUGAAUAUCUUUAUCUAAUCAACAUGUAAUUGCAUUAAAUAUGAUUUGAAUGUGUUAUUUUGUUUUUCUUCUUUCUUCCAGCAAGUCCGCAAACUGUUACUCAUCCUUUGACAUCUUUCAAAUCUUUUCCCAGAGCUUUCGACCAUUCUGUGCUUUCUUCUACAUUCUAUCUUUAUAUUUCUUUGUUGAAAAUGUGAAUAUGUAUGAUAUGCUAACAAUAUGCAAAUGAGCUUACAAGUUAUGCAAAUGUAUGCAUGUUCCUAUCUAACAGGCAGCAGAACUAUUUAGAAUGUCUUGAUAAGAUGACAGUCAUUCAUACAAUUAAUACAAUAUGAGAAUACAAAAAUACUUGUUCUUAAAAAUUGUGUGAAAAAGUGUUUAAUAUUAUGGGGUUUAUUAGUGCUAUGUACAAACAAAUAAAUUAAUUUUUAUUUAAAUUUUUAUUUAUUCCAAUGGAUUAUAAAUAUAUAACAGCGUGUCUUUUAAUACUUUUAAAUAUAAGGCAUUUAUUAUUAAUGUCAUAGAAUAUGACGUUCUCUAUGACAUUUUUAUUUAAAAUAAUCAAAAUAAUCAUUCAGCUGUCAUUAUUGUAAACAUUUUAUCUCAGAAGAAAUGUAUACAGCAUUUCAGAUUUAACCAACCUGAGUCUAGAUUUCAAAAUUUUAAAUUCAGUUUUUAUUUAAAAAUUCAUUUUCAAGAACUUAAUAGGAAUAUUUGAAGCAACCUUAAUGUAUCAAAGUUUACUUUUUAAUAUUUAACUGGGGUCAUUUUAACUAAUAUUCACUUCUUUAAUGUACAUGUUGUUGGCAUUUUUGUAUUAUUUUGUACAGAUAUUUUACUGAUUGUACAUGUCGUUGUUGUUAGGGGAUUAAAACCCCAUGAUACGUCAAAAGAUAAUAAAAAAUAUGAUGAAAA